GCGCCGCGUCCGGGGAGAGGCAGCUCUCCGGCGGACAGCUUUCCGUCGGAGCCCGGUGGAUGAUGGAAGCUCCGACAUGGUGAGAGUGAGCAGCGGGAGCCCCGGACCGGACCCGUAGUCGCCCACAUGCGCUGGAUCACUCGCUGGAUUUGGGAACCGAAUACGCAGAAGGAGGCAGCCGGAGGAUGGAGCGGAGCCGCCGGGGCUGGUGAGAGCCGCACUUCGGGCCACUUUCCGUUUGUUCUUCGUGCACAGCUCGCCCCCGCUCCCCGGACACAUGCAGGCCAAGAAACGCUACCUGAUCCUGCUGUGCGCGGGCGCGUGUGUGCUGCUGCUCUCCUUCCUCGGGGGGGUCCAGCUGCCGGCGGCCAGCGGCGGCCGGCAGGACCGCAGCAGGACCGGGCACCGGCCCGACCAGCCCUGGCCGCACUUCUCGGACCCGUUACACCCGUUCGUGCCGUGGGACCACACGGACACGGAGGAGUACAACGUGCACGUCUCUCCGCGGCAGAAGCGGGACGUGAACACGAGUGUUUACAAAGGCAGACGGUGCCGGAUGGACUCGUGCUUCGACUUCUCGGUGUGCCAGCGCCGCGGCUUUAAGGUGUACGUGUACCCGCAGCAGAAGGGCGACAAGACGUCGGAGAGCUACCAGAACAUCCUGGCCGCCAUCGAGGGCUCCCGGUUCUACACCUCCGACCCGGGACAGGCGUGUCUGUUCGUGCUGAGCCUGGACACGCUGGACCGGGACCAGCUGUCUCCGCAGUACGUCCACAACCUGAAGACCAAAGUGCAGAACCUGCCGCUGUGGAACGACGGCCGGAACCACCUGAUCUUCAACCUGUACUCGGGCACCUGGCCGGACUACACGGAGGACCUGGGCUUCGACAUCGGCCAGGCCAUGCUGGCCAAGGCCAGCAUCAGCACCGAGAACUUCCGGCCCAACUUCGACGUGUCCAUCCCGCUGUUCUCCAAGGAGCACCCGCGGACCGGCGGGGAGCGCGGCUUCCUCCGGUACAACUCCAUCCCGCCCUUCAGAAAGUACAUGCUGGUGUUCAAAGGGAAGCGCUACCUGACCGGGAUCGGCUCGGACACGCGGAAUGCCUUAUAUCACGUCCACAACGCGGAGGAUGUGGUUCUGCUGACCACCUGCAAGCACGGGAAGGACUGGCAGAAGCACAAGGACGCGCGCUGCGACAAGGACAACGCGGAGUACGACAAGUACGACUACAAGGAGAUGCUCCACAACUCCACCUUCUGCCUGGUGCCUCGCGGCCGACGCCUCGGCUCCUUUCGCUUCCUGGAGGCUCUGCAGGCUGCCUGUGUGCCGGUGAUGCUGAGUAACGGCUGGGAGCUGCCUUUCUCCGAGAUCAUCGACUGGAACACGGCCGCCGUCAUCGGAGACGAGCGGCUGCUGCUGCAGAUCCCCACCACUGUGCGCUCCAUCCACCAGGAUAAGAUCCUGUCCCUCAGGCAGCAGACGCAGUUCCUCUGGGAGGCCUACUUCUCCUCGGUGGAGAAGAUUGUGCUGACCACGCUGGAGAUCAUCCAGGACCGGGUGCUGGAGCACAGCUCCAGGAGCAGCCUGAUGUGGAACAGCCACCCUGGGGGGCUGUUUGCUCUGCCGCAGUACUCCGGAUACCUGGGAGACUUCCCCUUCUACUACGCCACACUGGGAAUUAAACCGUACCCAAAGUUCACCGCCGUCAUCCACGCCGUCUCCCCGCUGGUGUCCCAGUCGCAGCCCAUCCUCAAGCUGCUGCUGGCCGUGGCCAAGUCCCAGUACUGCGCCCAGAUCAUCGUCCUGUGGAACUGCGACAAAGCUCUUCCUGCGAAGCACCGCUGGCCGGCCACCUCCGUCCCCGUCAUCGUCAUCGAGGGAGAGAACAAGGUGAUGAGCAGCCGCUUCCUGCCCUACGACACCAUCGUGACGGACGCCGUCCUCAGCCUGGACGAAGACACGGUUCUGUCCACCACAGAGGUGGACUUUGCGUUCACCGUGUGGCAGAGCUUUCCUGAGAGGAUCGUAGGCUAUCCGGCUCGCAGCCACUUCUGGGACAGCAACAAGGAGCGCUGGGGCUACACGUCCAAAUGGACCAACGACUACUCCAUGGUUCUGACCGGAGCUGCCAUCUACCACAGGUACUACCACUACCUGUACACCAACUACCUGCCCAGCAGUCUGAAGAACACGGUGGACCAGCUGGCCAACUGUGAGGACAUCCUCAUGAACUUCCUGGUGUCUGCUGUCACCAAGCUGCCGCCCAUCAAGGUCACCCAGAAGAAACCAAACGUGUCCUUUGUCCUCCUCCAGUCUUCGAGGGCGUCUCGCUGGGCCGACCCGGACCACUUUGCUCAGCGGCAGACCUGCAUGAACAAGUUCGCCAGCUGGUUUGGCGCCAUGCCACUGGUCCAUUCCCAGAUGAGACUGGACCCGGUUCUGUUCAAGGACCAGGUCUCCAUCCUCCGCAAGAAAUACAGGGACAUCGAGAGGCUCUGACAGGACCGACGCCCCCCGGUGGCAGAACCCAUGCAGGGGGAGGCCCGAGACAGAGACUCGAUGGAGGUCCGGAGGAGUCGACUCACGGCGGGACGGACCGGGAGGAUCGCAGCUCCGUCUUCCACUCAGCACAUUGCCAAUGACCACAGAACCGCUGCUGCCAGAACCUGAAGCAGGAAGUGUUUGGACGUGACAACAGGAAACGGACUGACGGACAAACGAACUGUAUGUUUCUAAAACAGCAGCACAAACUACUGACGACAAGAACACUCGGAGAGAAUAUUUUUUUGUACCACGAGGACGAGACUGGCGCUCCUGCUCUCGGCACACGUGCAGGACGGUAGAAGAGGGAAGGUGUUCGCAAACCUGGCAACCCGACCUGCCACAGAUAGCACUGGUCGCCCCCGGCAACCAUCCCAGAGGGGUGCACUACGAAGAAGACCCACAGUUAGCCAGGCGGGGUUUAGUGACUGUAGAGUGCUGGAUCUCCAUGGUAACAGAUGCUGCACGGCCAGGUCACCAUGGCAACAGAUGCAUAAAUAUGUUUUUAUGCUGCUCAGCCCGUUCAGCUGGUGGUACUGGUCCGUUUACUGGUGUAAUCACAGAGAAUGUCCAAUCAAAAGCAUUCAUUUACUCUGAUUUGGCCAAAAUCUAAAGUAACUUCUGCGUCUCCUUCAUUAUUUUCAGACUUCAUCACGUCUUCAUGUUAAAAUGAAUGAAGCAGCUGCAUUAAACAUAAAACACAUACAUGAACUGGUGGCUUCCACCAGCGUUCCUCUGAAUCAUCUGCAUCGUAUUAUUAUGAUUAUUAUCGUAUCAGACGCAGCAUCAGUACGCUGUCUGCGGAACAAGCGACUGAAUCUGGUUCACAAACAACACCGUGAUCCUGGUGGUUCCAGGUUUAGUGGAUCCAGCUAACAGUGAAGCCUGGUUCUGUUGGACUUGGUAGUGCACCUCUCUGCUCAGCAUCAGGACGUGACACUGGACUCUCCAACAUUCUGGGAAUCUGCUCUUCAGUUGAUUUGAUUUCUGUACAAAUCAGCUGUGGUUCCUCGUCGACCCUCUGAGAGUCUGAGAUCAUCCGUUUUGAGAUAUUUUCGUCUUUACAGCAGAAGAGUUAAAGCGGUGGAGUCCAGUCUGCAGCGGCCUGGUGAGCAGCUGUUGUUCCUCAUGUUUCCAUCUCGUGACAUAUCGCUGGGCCUGGAGUCGUCCUCUCUCGGCUCCUGCCUCCAUGUGUUGCUGUUUUAAUGGCCGAUCUGCUUCCCGUUAUCACCCAGAUAAGUUAGAAAAACAUCUCAUUUCAUGUCCCAUUUUCCUCCCGCACUCGCCACAGCAGUUGUACUUUUCUCAUCUUCUUUUUUUUCCCACUUACUUUCAUCGUCUUUUAUUUCCUCCCUCAGAC